AUGCCCGCAAACAUGGUCACUCAGGAACUUGCUCGCUGGAAAUCAGUGCGCUUCCGGUCUUCGGAAGUUCUCCUACCAGAAUUCGUCAAAAGCCUCGAAGAGGAUGAGGGUCGAUUUGUUUUGAAACGACCGAAAUUCUCGUUGACCCGGUGGCAGGUGCACGAUAAUAACAACGACCGAACUGCGAUUUUUACCCAUAUGUUUGUGUGGACUUGGGGAACUCCUUACGACACCGGGAACUUUGUACCGGAAGGCGAAACGAUCCCCGACGGUCUUACCGAAGGCCGCGUUAACGUCGCCCCGCACAACCCCGCCUGGAUACCCAACCCAGAGCGAGCAAUGUUAUAUGAUGCAGUGGACGGCAAGAUCAAAUUUCUUAGAAACAGUUCACCUGAUACAUUCAACCCUGGCGACAUUAUCAAAAUGACAUUCAAAGUAGCGUCUGUUAUCUCAAAACAGUACUGGUGGACCGAGCUCGUUCCUUUGCAACUUGUUCGCAUGAGUACUAUCCCAGACUACGCAUCCCUUGCGUCAAGCGCUCCAGGGGAGCCGGAGGAGGAGUACAUGAAUAUUCUCGGAGUUGGACAAGCUUUAGAUGACAUUGCCAAUCAAGUCACUUCUACGGAUUUUGCAUCUGGUGCUACAAAGCGAAAGCAGGAGGCGGGAGCAAGUCCACCCCCUCAGGAACCAUUCAAUGCUGAUGAACAAGCUGUCAAAGAGGAUUCGCCAGAGAAGAAGCCUGUGAAGAGAGGGAAGUCGAAGCGUUGA